AAAAAAUAAACAAAUAACUCCUGUCAAACACUUCCAUAAUUUGUAAUCAUUAAGUUAAUUUUUAAAGAAAAGAGUCGAGUGAUCUCAUUAAAUGGUGCUAGAUAAUAAUUUAAAAUUUCUAUUACAUAAAAUAAAAUAAACGCAAUGUCAACAAAAGCAUUGAAUUCAAUCGCUGAUGAAUAUUUUUACAAUCUUAAUCCUCUCGCAAAACGUAUCGGGGAUGAUGUGAAAGCAACAAAGGAAGCCUACGAGGGUCUGUGGAAUACCCUGAGUCUGAAAGAAAAAAAUCAAGCGAUCGACGAAACAAUUAUCCAGCCAGAAAUCGCUCUCAAGUAUACGACAAUUGUCCCCGGUGAUAAAAAUAAAGAAAUUUAUGAUUGCUACCCGAAAUUGCGGAUUCAAACUGGUAUGAAGUUCGUGAUUGAUGAAACUGGAUCUACUUUGAAGUGGAGAGAUGAGCAUUCGGGACCAUUUUCAUUCAUGACUCAGUCCCAGAUGAAUUUGCAUUUGCUGGAGUUGCCAUCAGAGAUUACCAAAACAAAAGUAUCUGACUAUGCUGAUAAAUCUCCGCACUUUUUGAGCCCGAUUAAAAUAAAUGAGAGCAGUUUUGACAGUUCGUCAAAUGACUACAGUCCGACAUCAACUCAAGUCAGCUUUUAUCAGUCGGAGAGCUUCAGUGACAGCGCUUACAGCAACGUCGAUUGCAACAGACUUAAUAACUGUACAAAUAUUGACACGACUGCUAAUAUAUUUACAAAACUUAUCAAUAAAACUUCAUUGCUGAAGAUUAAUCAUCCUGAGGAUGACUUGGAGAGUCUUGUGCCGCAGAAACAAGUAGUUAUUGGAAAAAAUAACGCUAGUGGUAAAAAUAAUGGCAAUGGCAAUGGUAAUGGUACUGGUAGUAAGAACCAAAUGAAUAUUAAUUUGAACAAUAGAUCAAAGUCUGAUGCCAGCGAGUCGACGGCGCUGCUGGAAACCCCCAGCUCUUAUAAUAGCUUCCAAUUUUCACAGAAUAAUCAAGAUGACGAGAUACCAAAGACUGGAUUUGAAUUUUUAGACAAUUGGUAAUUUAAGUUUUAAAGUACUCAAAUUUUAUAAAUAUUUUUAAUCAAUUUUGCGAAUGUUUUUUUACCAAAAAUAUUAA